AUGACUGGUGCGGGUGAUCUUAUCCAAGACUCUUUGGGUAGAUGGAUUAAGGGCUACAGAAUGAAUCUCGGGAUCAAGACCAGUCUUAUUGCGGAGUUAAAAGCCCUUCAACAGGGACUUAUCCUUGCUCGUGACUGUCAUAUGCAGAGGCUUAUUGUGGAACUUGAUGCAAAACUUAUCAUUGGUUGGGUGUGGGGCAACUCCCCAAAUGUUGCUAUAACGAACCUGAUUGUCAACCAUGGGAUGCUUUGCCAAGAGUUUGAAGCAGUCCUUCCCAAGCAUGCUUAUAGAGAAGCUAACAAGUGUACAAAUCAUCUGGCCAACGUUGGAACUAAUAUGAAUGAAUAUUCUGUUACUUAA